AUGACUGUCGAAAAGAGCAAAGCGUUCGACAGCAACGAAUCAGAUAACGGCAUAGGCACAUAUGUCAAUGUCACAGAAGUCAAACGUCCGAAUGCUUUCGUCCGGUUUUUGAAAUGGCUCGAAAUUGAAACUGGAGAGGGAAUGACGACGUCUCAGUUGUUUUUGUACAACUAUGACUUGAGGCCCGUCGAGAAGGAAAGGAGACUGUGGUCCUGGUUCAACUUCGUGUUCUUCUGGAUUGCUGAUUCUUUCAAUGUCAACACUUGGCAGAUUGCAGCUACUGGAGUUCAGGCUGGAUUGUCAUGGUGGGUUGUCUGGAUCACUGUGUGGAUCGGCUAUGGUAUUACAGGUGUUUUCGUGACACUUGCAGCCAGGUCGGGUGCGUAUUAUCAUACGUCAUUCCCAGUCACCUGCAGAUCGUCGUUUGGUGUCUUUGGAUCUAUCUGGCCAGUCAUCAACAGAGUCGUAAUGGCUAUUAUCUGGUAUGGUGUCCAAUCAUGGAUUGGAGGAGAAUGUGUUCAGUUGAUGUUGAAGGCGAUAUUUGGAAAUGACUUGGACACCCGCAUCAACAACACUAUCGGAUCCAGUGGAACCACCUCUUUCCAGUUUUUGUCUUUCUUCCUCUUCUGGUUGUUCUCCCUUCCAGCUAUCUGGUUUCCACCUCAUCAGAUUCGCCAUUUGUUCACCAUCAAAGCUUACAUUGUGCCCGUCGCCGGAAUUGCGUUCUUGGUGUGGACCAUAGUGAGAGCCGGGGGAGUUGGGCCAGUGGUUCACCAGAAGUCAAAGAUCUCAGGCUCUGAGUUUGGUUGGGCCUUUGUGAACUCAACUAUGAACUGUCUGGCCAACUUUGCUACCUUGAUCGUGAAUGCUCCCGACUUUUCGCGUUUCGCUAACACCAAGCGCGCACCAAUUAUGUCGCAGAUGCUGGCCAUUCCAAUUUGUUUCUCGAUCACCUCACUGAUCGGAAUUUUGGUUUCCUCAGCCUCCACAGUGAUGUACGGUGAAACAUAUUGGUCUCCUUUGGAUGUCCUUUCGCAGUUCCUCAGCUCUUUCACUCGUGGAGACCGUGCUGGUGUUUUCUUGAUCUCGUUCGCCUUCUCGAUUGCUCAACUGGGAACCAACAUCUCUGCAAAUUCGCUUUCAGCAGGAACAGAUAUGACUGCCUUGUUAGCAAAAUAUAUCAAUAUCCGCAGAGGAGGCUUCAUUUGCGCCGUUAUUGCUCUGGCAAUGUGUCCUUGGAAACUGCUUUCCUCCAGUAACAAGUUCACUACAUAUUUGUCUGCAUAUUCGGUGUUUUUGUCGUCAAUUGCAGGAGUUGUUUUUGCAGAUUACUACAUAGUGCGCAGAGGUUUUAUGGUGUUGGAAGAUCUUUACACUGCCAAACGCACCGGAGCUUAUACCUACAACCGUUUCGGUGUAAAUUUCCGCGCAUACGGUGCAUACAUCUGUGGUAUUGCCCCUAAUAUCGUUGGAUUUGUUGGAGCUACUGGCACUCACGUGGUUCCCGCCGGUGCUACUUAUGUCUACGACCUCAAUUUCUUUGCUGGGUACAUUUCAGCUGCUUCUGUGUACACUGCUUUGUGUAUGUUGUUCCCUGUUGAGGGUAGACCAAUGAAGAAAUGGACAGGUCCAGGUUGGUUCGAGGAAUGGCAAGAGGUCGAGGACUUUGCUGAUCGUAUUCACCACACCAAGUUGGUGGAACCUGAGUAUGCUGUCAAGGAGGGUAGUUCUAUUUGA